CUUGAGUAUGUACACGUCAGUGGAAGCCAGCCGUGAACUAGGAAGUGGCUAACAGGCUUAGCCAGCGAAGGAUCAUGAGCAGCUGAGAAUCUGCGUGUUUCCACAGAAGGGCAGGAUGGGCAGGCAGAGGAAGAGGGUGAUGACAGGUGAUGCUCCUCCCUACUCAAGGAGAGACGAGAGGCCCUCUGCACUUAAUCGCAAAGAGAAAAAAAAGAAAACAGACAUUGGAAAAUUGUUCAUCAACAUCUCCAUUGGGCUCUGCAUAUUCAGCCUCAUUUGGUUCUUCUACGCCGUCUACAUGCGGUCCAGUCUGUCGAAGCGUGUAGCGACCCUGCAUCCAUCACCCCGCGUUCUUGAUGCCAAUAGCACCACUGCAAAGGUUUCCUCAGAGAGGUUCUGGGGCUCAUACAGGCCUCAGGUCUACUUCGGCAUGAAAACAAGAAGCCCCAGGUCCGUUGUGACAGGGAUGAUGUGGAUGCGGCAGUUUUCCAACUCGGACAUGAACCUGAGGCAUACUUGUGAGCAGGGCGAUCGUUUGCAAGGCUACGGCUGGCUCAUGCACGACGGAUUGACGUUCGGCAUCCAGGAAAUUCGAGAUAACGACUUCACCCUUACCACUGAGUUUGUUAAGAGGAUUGGUGGGGAUCAUGGAGGAGACUGGACCUGGAGGAUCACAGCCAAACAGCAUCAGAGCUCAGCUCCCCAGCCUCCGGUUAUAUCCCUGAUGUUUUACGCAGCGGCAGACACGCAGGGCUCGCUGCAGACUCACAUGGAGGAGAAGAAUCGCCUCGCUUCCAUCACUGGUUUUUCAGAGGAACUGGGAAACUUUAAGAUCACUUUUAGGAAGCCUGUCACUGGGGAAUUAUCCAGCACAAAAUAUGCCAGUUACAACUAUCUUCAGACCUUGUCUCCUGGUUUAGAGAAGCUGACUGACAUCGUGAAGCUCAGUCUGAACCGCAGGUUUGUCUUCAGCCCUCCUUCUGGUGAGAAGAGGCAUUACAUAGGUGUGGACACCUACAAGCCACCCCAUCACCAAAACCAGCAGAAAGCUGCUGACCCACGGAAAGAAAGUGACUUCGUGGUCCACCAGGUGACCGUUCAGACACCUUUCCAGAUUGAAGUUCUGUUUGAGUCUGGAAGUUUCUACAAUCGCCCUAACCAGCUCGUUGGUUCUAUCAUGACUCAGGAGUUGGAAAGGAGGAAAGCUGAGUUUAAUGCGAAGUUUGAGAAAAUAUUUGGACUAGAGAGUAAAGGUUUUAGCCAGACGCAUAUUAAAUUUGCCAAAGCAGCGCUCAGCAACAUGUUGGGUGGAAUGGGAUAUUUUUAUGGCGAGUCAGUGGUGCAGUCAGUCUACAACGAAUACCCUCUCCUGUACCCAGGAGGUGCUUUAUUCACUGCUGUACCGUCACGCUCUUUCUUCCCCAGAGGCUUCCUCUGGGAUGAGGGAUUUCACCAGCUGCUGCUGAGUAAGUGGGAUCCUCAGCUGACCAGAGAGGUGAUAGGCCACUGGUUUGACCUAAUGAACAUUGAAGGCUGGAUCCCCCGUGAGCAGAUUCUUGGAGACGAGGCUCGCAGUAAAGUCCCAGCUGAAUUUAUUGUCCAGCGGAACGAAAAUGCGAACCCACCUACCCUCUUCUUAGCUCUGCAGGAGCUAAUUGAACAGCUCUCUUCAAAGUCAGAUGAGGCAGCAACUAGACCAACCCUGCCUUUCCUUCGAAGGCUGUUCCCCAGGCUGAAGACCUGGUUCGAGUGGUACAACACCACACAGAUGGGGCCAAAGCCCAACUCAUACCGCUGGCGUGGACGAGACAAGGACACUAACCUGUACCUUAAUCCUAAAACUUUAACCUCUGGACUGGAUGAUUACCCAAGGGCCUCUCAUCCCUCCGCAGACGAGCGGCAUGUGGAUUUGCAUUGCUGGAUGGCCUUGUCCUCAGGCAUCAUGGCCAGCAUAGCUCAACUUCUAGGCGAGCCCCAUCAAGACUAUAAAGUCCUACACGAUGUGCUCAGAGACAACAACCUACUCAAUGACCUUCACUGGUCAGAGCAACUCCGUGCCUUCAGUGACUAUGGCAACCACACACAAAACGUCUCCUUGCAGCGGGAAAAGGUGUACGUACCGCCCGGACAGCCCCGCCAUCAGUUUCCCGUGGCACGUCUCGUACGCUCCGUCCGCAGGGCCCCCAAGCUGCAGUACGUCAACGCUCUCGGUUAUGUCAGCUUGUUCCCCUUCUUACUCCAAAUCCUCCAGCCCGACUCGCCAAAACUGGAACACAUCCUCCGAGACAUGCGAGACCCCACUAAGCUGUGGACGCCCUUUGGCCUGCGCUCUCUCUCGAAGACUGAUCCACUGUAUAUGGAGCGAAACACGGAGCAUGAUCCCCCCUACUGGAGGGGACCAGUUUGGAUCAACAUCAACUACCUGGCAGUCAGAGCUCUCUACCACUAUGGCAACACAGAAGGGCCAUUCCAAGAGAAGGCAGCUCAUCUUUACAAGGAACUCAGGACUAAUAUUAUAAACAAUGUUUAUGCGCAGUUUGUUGAAACAGGGUAUAUCUGGGAACAGUAUAAUGAUGGCACUGGCAGGGGCCAAGGAAGCCACCCCUUCACUGGCUGGUCAUCCUUGACAGUAUUAAUGAUGGCUGAGCAUUACUGAUGCCCUCUAAUCCAUCUCUUUGUUGCUUCAAUUCAGGCAGCAUUGACUGUUAAGAUGUAAAAAUGUAGUCUGCUUGACUAUGGUGACAGAAAUCAGAAGAGAAAUUACUUCUGUCACUAUCACAUUUUCGUAUGAACCCUUUAAUAAAAAUGACAAAUGUAUACACUUCCACCACUGGAAAACAUUUAAACAGGCGUUAGGUGCAGCUCUUGCAGCUGAUUUCCUUAUUGGACAUGCAGCAUAGCCCAAAGUUAUUUUUAGAUUUUGAUUUAGAACAGUUUCCGUUCAACAAUAUAUUUGGUUCUGAUUUUAUAUAUAUAUAUUUUAUUUUAUUUUUUUAUUUUUUCAUUUGCAUUUAAUAAAGAAGUCAUUCUUUUUUUUUUAAUACCCUCUUCAAAGAUGGGUUUUGGAUGCCAAUAUAGGUUUGUCUUCUUCAAACUGCUAAUCAGCUUUUUGCAUAGUUCCUCUUUUCUUUGGUGAUGAUCUCCAGGUCUUUUAUGCCGUUUCCAUUACCUUAAUCUUUAUCUCCCUCUGUGUAGUUUGCAUCGGAUUUGAGUCACGACCUCCAGGGCCAUUCUGCAACACUGACGUUACUUCUCACCAGAAGAAAUAUUUUGUGAAAUUAAAAUAUUUCUUUAAGCCUAAAGAAAUAUUUCGGUAAAGGAUAUUUUUACCGUAUAUCCUCUAAUAUUGUGCCUCUUUUGCACCUUUAAUAUUAAAACUGUCAUUUUUGGAAGAUGAGGACAAAUAUACAGAUGCCCCACAAAUUAGAAUAUUAUUGAUAAAUAUAAUUUCAUUCAAAAAGUGAAACUCUUAUUUUAUUCUGGUUAUGCAUUACAGAGUGAGGGCCGGUGUCCUGCAUCUUUUAGAUGUAUCUCUACUUCAACACACCUGAGUCAAAUAAUUAGGUCAUUAGCAGGACUCUGGAGAACCUAUCUGCACUUGGGAGGUGAUUCAGCUGUUGGAUUCAGGUGUGUUGGACCAGGGAGACAUCUAAGAGUUGCAGAACACCGGCCCUCGAGGACCAGGAGUGCCCACCCCUGCUUUAGAUUGUCGACGUUUUUGGGUGUGGGGACUCUUGAAACACUGACUCGUGCAGUAUUGCGAAUCUCUUCUGAACACUUGCUAAAGACUGCAGUCACCUGUGUUGCUUGUGCACAUUCUCUACCACACUUUUUCCUUCCACUCAACUUCCCAAGAACAUGCCUCAAUACAGCAUUCUGUGAACAGCCAGCUUCUUUGGCAUUGACCUCUUUGUGGCUUAGCUUCCUUGUGAACUGACUGCUGAGCAGCUAUCAGGUCAGGACCCUUCCUCAAAAUCGAGUAAGUCAUAACAUUGCCAUAGCAUAUAAUUUUCUGUUUCAAGCCUUUUUUUCCUUUUCUUUCAACAUUUAGAUUUUAUGAGAAAGUAAAAAUUUCCCUCAGUGGUUCAAAAAAUGUUAAGCCAUAAUGAUGAAAAUGUAUUCUUAAAAAAAAUCUCUCUGUGGCUAUUGAAUUGUGGAAUUGGAGUUUUCAUUUUUGAAAUUGAUUGCUAAAAUAAAGUUUGAAAUUCUAAUUUGAGAUUCACCUUUUGUAAGAACAACACUUAAUCAAGCAAACAAAGCGGGUCUCCCCGUAAUAUUUGUUGAAAAAAACGCAAAACUAAAAUGAAAAAGGUUGAAAAAGGUUCGUUCACCCCUAAUAUUAUAGAGACAUAUGGAAUUAAUUAACCUCUUUGAAUUUAAGUGGUGUACUCAAUUUAAAUUGGACAUUUAUCUUUAUGCCAGAAAUGAGAACUGAAAUUAUAUCUGUCAUUACAUUUUCUCAUCAUCUGUCCAUCAUCUUCUCUGUUUGUUUUUUGGGAAUCCCAAGAUUUUCCAGACUAGAAGGGUCAGUAUUCUGGGUUUGCCCCUGAGACCUGAUGGACCCUUUAAGAUGUUAACAGUCUUUUGUUUUUUCACCGUUUAUAAAAUCUAUAUAUAUAUUCUUUCAGUACAACUCUGCUGUCUUAAUAUUUGUGAACUCUUCACUGAUCUGCAUUCACACUAUGUGCCAGUUGAUUGUCGGAAAUGACGGACAUCUGUAUUUCUUAAAUCGCAAACCUAACUGAUGAAAUUCAAGGACUGUUUUCAAUGGGCAGCUGGUUAAUUCAUGUGUUUCGGAAUUUUGAGUUGUACUUUUACUUGGUGAAAUCAGGUUUAUGAUGUAUAAUUGUGCCAUUUUCUCACAUGUAUUGCUCUUUUGAUUCAAUGUCUUAGUCAGUUUUAAUAUUUGUUUGUUCACACUUUCUAAAAAGACUCAAUGUUUAUAAAAUGCCUGUUUCUAAUAGCAGACAUUUUGUGUACAUUGUGGUUUGUCUGGCAAGGGAAAACAAUGAUGAAGUAUUGAAUUUGUUUUGUCUAAUUAUUAAAUGGUUUAAAUAUU